AGGAGGAGGAAUCAGACACACAAUUUCAGACAGAACCUCGUGACUCAACUCUUUACCAAGGAGAAUCUACUGUUACAGAGGAAUCUGAACUGACGUCUGUGGCUCAAAAUUCUAUAUAUGGGGGCUGCAAAUAUAUAGUUUUUGAAUCCUGUCUCCGUGAGCUGUUUGACACGUGUCCAAUUUGCAGAGCAAAAUCUGAUGUGCAGCAACACCGGUUUGGCACAUAUGUGACAUUCAUUCAGCUUUGCCCCAAGUGUACAUACAACCGAAAAUGGCAGAGUCAGCCUUUAGUCAGAAGUACACCCAUCGGAAAUCUCCUGUUAUCUGCUGCUACGUAUUUUACUGGAGGAUCAUUUGUCCAGUUACAAAAAAUUUGCAAGGCCAUGGAGUUACAAAUUUUCCAAUAUGAUACAUUCUCGAGACAUUGCAGAAGCUUCUUGGAACCAGCUAUUGUGCACAAAUGGAGAAGUGAACAGCUAAAAAAUUUCCAUAGGUUACAACCGGGGGAAACAAUUGCUGUAGCUGGAGAUAUGCGUGCAGACUCGCCAGGCCACUCAGCAAAAUAUGGAAGCUACUCUGUUAUGCACUUGGACAGCAAUACUAUUUUGGACCUUCAGCUUGUUCAGCGCAAUGAAGUUGGAGGAAGUUCUCAUAUGAAGAAAGAAGGGCUAAAGAGAUGUCUGGAUCUGCUAGAGAGAAAUGGCUUUUCAGUGGACUACAUAGUCACUGACUCCCAGCCACAGAUACAGAAAUAUCUAAGGGACCGCAGCAUAACUCAAUUCUACGAUGUAUUGCACUUUGAAAAAGGUUUAUCAAAGAAGUUGGACAAACUGGCCAAAAAAAAACAUUGUGAGGUGUUGAAGAAGUGGCUGCACAGCAUUCGUAAUCAUGUUUACUGGUGUGCAACUUCUUCAACGUCAGGACAAGAGAAGGUUGCAAAAUGGACGUCUCUUGUCAACCACCUACAGAACGUUCACGUGCAUGACAAUUCCAUCUUUCCGAGAUGUGCACAUCCUGUUCGUAUAUCCAGGGACCCCAAGAAAUUGUUUCAACCAGGGUCGAUAGCACUCCACAAGGUUGAAAAAAUCCUAUGCAACAAGAGGGUUCUCAAGGGCGUGAAGAAGCUAAGUCACCAUUUCCAAACAUCAUCCCUGGAUGCAUUCCAUAGCUUGAUUCUGCGAUUCACACCCAAAAACGUGUCUUUUCCUUUCAUGGGAAUGUUGUGCAGACAGUACCUUGCUGUGCUACAUUACAAUGAGAAUGCAAACCCAAAGCAAGCCAUUGCAUCAGCAGGACAGUCAAUGUACAGAAUUGAGCUCCCAAAAUCCAAAAAAGAAGAAUCUAUAGCACCGCCGAUAGAAACAAAACCAACAUGCAAUUAUGUCAAAGAGCUACUGAGUCUUGUCUUCGAGGAGGUGAUACUGGACCCCACACCAUUUGUUGAGGAAUUGAAGACCAUUCCUGUUCCCACAACCCUUUGUGCAGGUUUUGACAGACCGUUAAAGGAGGAAGCAAUUGCCCGCCAUGUUUCCAGAUUCAAUCGAGGUGGUCGAAAGCCAACACACAGACCAGCCUGA